AUGCCUACAAUGAUACGAGCAAUUGAUCGAAGCUCGAAAGUACCUACUGUGCCGACCACUCCGACUCUCACACAAACUCGAUCUCUAAAACUCUUCGCCUCCUCAAAACACGCUCUUCGCAGAUCAACCUGCCUGAUAACCGGCGCCUCUCGCGGCAUUGGUCGUGCAAUUGCAGUUGCUUUCGCACGCGAAGGCGCCGGCUGUCUUCUCGUUGGACGCGAUGAGGUCGCCUUGGAAGAAACCUACGACCUCUGCACCUCCGCCCGCGGCUCAGUCGGCCGUAGCCACUUUGUUCUCACCGGCGACAUCAACGACUCGAAUUUCUGGUCUACUCUCGACAAGAACCCUUGCUGGGGGCCCGAGAACGGCAGACUCGACGUCCUAGUGAAUGCAGCAGGAAUAACGCAUUCGAGUCUCUUGCUCCGAACCACGCAAGCCAAAGUAGACGACAUCCUAAACACAAAUUUGAGUGCUGCUAUCCAAGCUUCCAGAUUCGCUGUCAAGAAGAUGCUGAAGAAUUCUGCAGAGGCUGAGAAGGGAGCUGGGCACAUCUUGAACAUUUCUUCAUUGCUUGCGACCCACGGCGGUGCGGGAAGUGUGGCCUACGCAGCCUCGAAAGCAGGCGUCCUCGGUCUCACUCGUUCUUUAGCAGCGGAACUGGGUACUCGUGGUAUCAGGGUCAACGCUAUCUGUCCAGGGUACAUCGAAACGGAUAUGACAGGGGCAAUGCCCUACACUGCCAGAGACGCUGCUAUUGCGAAGAUUCCGGCUGGCAGGUUUGGCACUGUCGAUGAGAUUGCAGAUGCCGCGGUGUUCUUGUGUGGGAAUCAGUAUGCGAACAACACCGUGCUGAAUCUUGACGGUGGGUUGAGUGCUGUUUAG